AUGUUUUUGAGAAAUACUAUACUAAGAUCCCGUCAACCAAUUGUCAGAUCAUUGACCACUUUGACCCCCGUCAGCACCAAGUUGGCUCCACCAGCCGCCGCUUCCUAUUCUCAGGCAAUGAAGGCAAACAAUUUCGUCUACGUCUCUGGUCAAAUCCCAUACACUCCUGAGAAUAAACCGGUCGAGGGGACCAUUUCCGAUAAGGCGGAACAAGUUUUCCAAAAUAUUAAAAAUAUAUUGAAGGAAAGUGGAUCCUCCAUGGAUAAGAUCGUUAAAGUUAAUGUGUUUUUAGCUGACAUUAACAAUUUCAAGGAAUUUAAUGGAGUUUAUGCUAAAUAUUUCAAUGUCCAUAAGCCUGCUAGAUCUUGUGUCGCCGUUAAGGAUUUGCCAUUGAAUGUUGAUUUGGAAGUGGAAGUUAUAGCCGUGGAAAAGGUCAAUAAUGAGUGA